AUGGAUGAAUUCCCCCCCAAAUUCAGCAAGGUGCUGGUGACACCUGAUCCGCAGUACAUACCGGGGUAUGCAGGUUACUGCCCCCAGCUGAAGUACCACCUGGGGAAGACCUACGGCCAGCUGACUGCCAAGCUGCUGUCCUCUCCGGAGGUGUCGCACUCACGUCGCCUAGUCCUCCACACGGGCCGCUUCCCCUCCACAGAGACAGACACGGGCCCGCGGGACGAGAACUGGAGGAGCCACCAUGGAGAACGCAGGAAUCUAGAGAGGAUGAUACCGGGCUACACUGGCUUUGUCCCCAAAAGCCAGAACUACUUCUCCCGUACCUACACUGAGACGUGUCACGAGGCACUGUCUGAGUUUGACCGAGACCAGCAGAGGAGGGUUCAUCUGGCACCAGCAGACAAACCGCUUGUCAGCAACACCACCAAUUCCGAGUUUAAACCUCGGAGACUGAGCACCCCUCUGACGGCCAUCUCCAAAGAUCCAGCCCCCUACGAGGCCCUGGAGCCCUGGAAAACCAAAGUGUCUCCUUACUUCAUGGAGGACAGCAGUCCACACAAGUACUUCAUCUCAGGUUUCACAGGGUACGUGCCCAAAUCUCGCUUCCUGAUUGGCACUGGCUACCCCAUCACCACCAACAAAGCCCUGGUCCAGUUUGGAAAGGAAAUGAGGAGUGACCUCACCUCCCUGCGUCUCCCUGGGGAGGAAUCAGGAGUCCUGCCCCCCAUCCCCACAGUCUACCCGUCCCACCGGGGCCUGCUGCCCUCCUACACCGGCCAUGUUCCAGGACACAAGUUCAGGUACGGCCAGACCUUUGGGCAGCUUACCCACAAUGCCCUGGGGCUAAGCGGCACUCAGAAGAUAGAGGCCAGAGCUCAGUAA